CAGGGGAGGGCAGUCAGCCUCUCCACCUAAAGCAACGACAUCAGUAGACAUCCAUCAGGAUCCACUCACCAGGAUGAAGAAGAAGCUGAUCCUCGACGUUGACACCGGAGUGGACGAUGCUCAGGCCAUCAUGGUGGCCCUCGCCGACCCCAAUGUGGAAAUUUUGGGGAUCACCUGCUGCCACGGCAACACACCCCUGGAGAACGUCCUCAAGAACACGCUGCGUGUCCUGAAAGUCUGCAACAGGCUGGAUAUCCCAGUGUAUCGUGGCUGCUCAACACCUCUGCUGGCCCGUAAACAAAAUGCUGGAGAUUACCACGGCAAGGAUGGCCUGGGGGACGUCCCGGAUCCAGACGCUCCAGGUCUGGACAUGCUCAAUAAGCGGAAUGCUGUGAAGGCAAUGAUCAAGAUGGUGAAAGAGAAUGCUGGAGAGGUGACUCUGGUUGCCACGGCGCCCCUCACUAACCUGGCCGUCGCCGUGCAACUGGAGCCCUCCCUCCCCAAGAAGCUGAAGGCGCUCUACAUCAUGGGGGGAAACACUGAAUCCAGGGGCAACACCACCGUGUGUGGAGAGUUCAACUUCGUGGCUGACCCCGAGGCGGCCUACAUCGUGUUGGACCGCUACAACUGUCCCACCUACAUCGCCACCUGGGAGUUCAGCUGCAGGAACAGCCUGCCGUGGUCUUUCUGUGACCAGUGGCUGGCUCAAGACACAGAGAAGGCUCGCUUUAUGAAAAAGAUUGUGUGCCUCUCAAAUUCGAAAGCUCAGUCAGCAGACUAUCAGAAGGAGACCACAGAGGGAAAAGGGUUCAAUUCCUGCGACACCUACGCCAUGGCCGCCGCCAUCGACGACACAUUCAUAACAGAGAGCGACGAGGUUGCAGUGUCAGUGGAGUUGGAGGGGACCUACACCCGAGGCAUGAUGGUGCUGGACUACAUGGAGAAACUCAAGAAGAAACACAAGGCUAUCGUGAUGAAGAAGGUUGACCUGGAGAAGUUCAAGCAGAUGUUCAUGAAUUCACUGAAGUAG